UUACAUAAAUGUUUUGUUUACAUUCUGUGUAUGUUUGCAUGAUUAUAUCUGUAUAUGUUAUGAUUUAGAUAUACUGGUUAGUCAUGGGCGAUCGAGACCUCAAACCUAUAAAUAACAAUGAGAAAAAAGAUGGUAAUGGCAAAGCAAAAAUAAGGAGUGAAUCCGCAAGUAAUAUUGGUAAUGAAAAUAACUGUGAUGAUGGUGACAAUCUGGUGAUAGAAAUGGUGCCAAACAUGAUGCAGAUGAUGGUAGUGGUGCCAGUUAGUGGUUGUGAUGAUAAUGGUGGCAAUGGUGUUGGUGGUGAUGGUAAUGGUGACCAUGGUGCUGGUGAUGGUAAUGGUGACAAUAGUGAUGGUAAUGGUGACAAUGGUGGUGGUGAUAGCAAUGGUGACAAUGGUUUUGGUGGUGAUGGUAAUGGUGCCAAACAUGAUAUUUGCCUUACUGCAUUUGGUGAUCCUGGUAAUGGUGGCAAGGGCGGUGGUAAUGGUGGCAAGGCUAGUGGUAAUGGUGGCAAGGGUGGUGGUAAUAGUGGCAUGGGUGGUGGUAAUGGUGCUAAACAUGAUGUUCGCCUUACUGCGUUUGGUGAUCCUUUUCAUGGUGGAAAUGGUGGCAAGGGCGGUGGUAAUGGUGGCAAGGCUAGUGGUAAUGGUGGCAAAGGUGGUGGUAAUAGUGGCACGGGUGGUGGUAAUGGUGCCAAACAUGAUGUUUGCCUUACUGCAUUUGGUGAUCCUGGUAAUGGUGGAAAUGGUGGCAAGGGUGGUGGUAAUGGUGGCAAGGGUGGUGGUGGCAAGAAAAGGUGUGUAUAUAUCAGUAAUGAAUAACUCAUUAACACAUUGAGUGCCAGUGCUCUGCCUUAUUUUAAUUAAAAUUAACAUUGAAGUAAAGUUAUCAGCUAUUAGAUUCCAGAGGCUUUAAAAGAACAGCGAGACGACAUAUAAGAAAGAAUCUCUGGUCAAAUCCAUUGCAAAUCUCACUUCCAUACUUGAUUAGGUUCAGAAUCUGAACCUCCCAUGUGAUUGGCUGUUUGCGAAAACAUGUCAAACCUGUUUGGAAAAUAAACAAACAUUGAACUAAUUAUAGCCUGCUAAAUGUGGCAAUGAUUUUAAUACUGUUUAUUUUCUAAACUGGUUUGACAUAUUUUUACUAUUAACAGCCAAUCACAUGUGAUGUUCAGAUUCUGAAUUGCAACGUACAAUCACAUUUCGAAUUGCAAUGUACAAUCACAUUUUUUUAAAAAAAACAUCGACCAAAAGUUUAAUUUAUUUGUUAAAAAAACAUCGACCAAACUUUAAAUUUAUUUGUUUCAUGGACAUUUAUUUAUUGAAGGGCACUUGUCAAGAAUUGGAGGUUAUUUUCUGAACAACAUUUUUCAUGAAGACAAAGGGCACUUUGCCACCGGAGAGAGGGCACUUUUUGUGUCUUCUGAAAACUUGGGGGCGGGGGGCCUAGGCCCUGCACAUAAGAAUCUUUGUAAAAUCUAGUUUGUGGAAAUUGGUGAUUCGAUUUUUUUGGUUUUUGCUUUAUAUGAAAGCCGGGCCAGUCAGUUAGCGAGACAACCUGAUAAGCCAGAUGAAUAUGUUUAGUGUUUGAUGAGAAAUUUAAUCCCACAGUGACAUUGUUUUUGACAGUUCUUAACAAUAAUGGCUUGCGGGUGCAUUUUUAAAAUUUUCACCUCCCGGUAACCGUGCCAGUUAUAUGGAACACCUGUAAGCAAGAUCUCGGCUUAAUAAUUUUCCAGUGACAUCUUGGAGGCAAUAUAUAAUGUGUACUAUAAAAAUAACCUCAUGGCUAGAUAUUGUUUGCCAGGCCAUUCUGCUAACCAUGCUAGCUUAUCAGUAUAUAUCACAUACUCGAACCGGCCAGACCGCGUAGCUCAGUUGGCAGAGCAUUGGGCUAGCAUUCCAAAGGUCGUAGGUUCGAUUCCCACCGUGGUCAGACAUAUUUUUCAAGCUUGCCCGGUGUGGAUAUACACUCAGAGUAACAUCACAAGCAUCAUGCUAGCUUGUCUUCGAUAUAACCAGCCUUAAAAAGCAACCUCGUUACGAGGUUGAUUUGCGGCUCAGAUUAUUUGCCACACAGAGUAAGACAUGUCGUGACAAUCGAUAAUGUCCUAAAUUAUAUAUUAGAUCAAUAUAUAUACUAAGUAUAUUUGUUCUGUUUGUAUAGUUGGAUUCUUGCUGCAGUAUUUGGUGCUGGUGCAGCUGUAGCUCUUGCACCAGUUGCAGCCGCUGCUGUUGGAUUUGCAUCUGGUGGUAUAGCUGCUGGCUCUUUUGCAGCUACAAUGAUGUCAUCUGCAGCAGUGGCUAAUGGUGGUGGGGUAGCGGCAGGCGGACUUGUUGCAACCUGUCAAGCAGUUGGUGCGACUGGUACUCUAGCUGCAGCUGGUUCCACGGUGACUGCAGCUGUGGCAACAGCUGGUGGUGUUAUUGGUGCAGGAAUUAGCAAUUUCUUCAACAAGUUUUCAGGAGGAAAAAAUAAUAAUGGUGGUAAGCCAAACAAUGGUGGUCAGCCCAAAAAUGAUUGUCCGUCCAAAAGUGAUUGUCCGCCCAAUGAUUGUCCGCCCAAAAAUAAUGGUGAACCCAAAAUUUAUGGCCAACACAAAUACGGUGGUCAACCCAAAUAUGGUGGUGAACUCAAAAUUGGUGGUCAACCCAAAAAUGAUGGUCAGCCCAAAUAUGGUGGUCAGCCCAAAUAUGGUGGUCAACACAAAAAUGAUGGUCAACCCAAAUAUGGAUGUCGACCCAAAUAUGGUGGUGAACUCAAGAAUGGUGGUCAGUCCAAAUCUGGUGGUCAACCCAAAAAUGAUGGUCAACCCAACAAUUAUGGCCAACCCAAAUACGGUGGUCAACCCAAACAUGGUGGUGAACUCAAAAUUGGUGGUCAACCCAAAAAUCAUUGUCAGCCCAAAAAUGGUGGUCAACCCAAAAAUGAUGGUCAACCUAAAAAUGGUGGUCAACUCAAAAAUGAUGGUCAGCCCAAAUAUUUUGGUCUACCAAAAAAUGAUGGUCAACCCGAAAAUGAUGGUCAACCCAAAAAUUAUGGCCAACCCAAAUACGGUGGUCGACCCAAAUAUGGUGGUGAACUCAAAAUUGGUGGUGGUCAACCCAAAAAUGAUGGUCAACCUAAAAAUGGUGAUCAGCCCGAAAAUGAUGGUCAACCCAAAUAUGGCUGUCGACCCAAAUAUGGUGGUGAACUCAAGAAUGGUGGUCAGUCCAAAUCUGGUGGUCAACCCAAAAAUGAUGGUCAACCCAAAAAUGAUGGUCAACCCAAAUAUGGUGGUCAACCCAAAAAUAAUGGUCAGCCCAAAAAUGACGAUGAUCAAUUAAACAAUUAUGAUCAAUCCAAAAAUAAAGGUCAAUCCGAAAAUGAAGAUCAAUCCAAAGAUAAUGGUCAAUCCAAAAAUGAUAAUCAAUCCAAAAAUUAUCAAUGCAAAAAUAUUGGUCAAAUAAAAAAUGAUGAGAAUGACAAGGGUGGUAAACCCAAAAAUGCUUGUCAGUUUAAAAAUAAUGAUCAACCCCAAAAUGAUGGUCAAUUCAAAAACGAUAGUGAAUAUAAAAAUAAUAAUGGUCACUUCAAAAACGGUGGUCGACACCAGAAUAAUGGUCAACCAAAAGAUGGUGGUCAAUACAAAAAUGAUGGUAAACCCAAAAUUGAUAGUCAGUUCAAAAAUUAUGGUCAACCUAUAAGUAGUGAUUCGCAAGAGAAUGAUUCUACAUCUGAACUGAGCAGUUCAGAUACUAUAAACCAAAUAAAGCAAGAUUUGCGACAAAACGUGACCUCGACUGAUCAGGAUAAGAAAAAGACGAAACGUAAAGAUCCUGUUGAACAUGACGAAGACGAUAUUGAUUACAUGAAAGUUGAGGUGAAGGAAAUUUGUAGGCACAAGUCAUAUCAAUAGACAGGAUUAUGGACAUGCCAAAAAAGUCGAAUAUAAUUCUAAGUUGCCAGCACCAUUAACGAGGAUGAAAAGUUAAACUGUCACACUAUGCCGUUUACGUGUCACGUUCAGCACAACUCGUACUGUAAAACCUUUUCUUUUUUUUUAAUUGUUUUCCCAUGCAUAAAAAAGCUACUUAAAAUAUGUUACAAUAAUUUAAAGAUUUUGGGCUAGAGACCUACUAGAAAUCUUCAUAGACUUUUUUAUUUAGGCCUCUAGUUACUGUUCAUUUGUGAUAGAUCAUGCACAUAUGCAUAAUCAAUUAUUUACAGUCUAUAAAUAUAAUAUGUAAAAUCAGAAAGUUUUGACGUAUAUGUACUAUAUAUGUACAAAACUCAAAAGAGAAAAAGAAGGGGGAAAUUUCGUAUUAUAUAUAGAGAAUAAUACAUGGGUGCGCGGAAAUACCAGAUUCCAUGUAUUUUUCUGUUUAUUAUAUAAACAAAAUUCAGUGAAAAACAAUAAAACGUCCGUGGCAAUGCAUUUUACAACAAAUGAUAUUUGCACACGUAAAAGUAUCGUAUUUUUUACGUGUGUUUAAAUACGAUUUUUCUCAGUGGCCAAAAACAAGUAUAUGGAUAGACUAAUGCAUAAUAUAUCAGUUUUAAUGCAUUUCGGUUCACGAAAUGUCGUAUUUUAGCUAUUAUACCAUGCAGCAGCUCUAAUUAUUUUCUUUGUUACCUUAGCUUUACCAAUAAUAAUAAUAAUAAUAACCUACACAUUACAGAACUGUUGUUCCUGUUGUGGCAAAUUUGUAAUAAGUUGUUGCCAUAUUAAAAUGUACGGUAACUUUUUGAAAGUUUCAUAUAUUACUAUUGUUUUUGAAAUUCUUGUUUUAAACUUUUAGUCGUCUAUAACUCGUUUGCAAUAUAUGAUUUACAGUUCUGUAUGCGUGGUUAGAAUAAGAAUGGAAGAUUAGGACAAAAUUGAAUGGAAUUUAAUAAGAUAAAUCGAUAGUAAUAACUAAUAAUAAAACCAACUAGAGUUACUCAUCAUACAGCAACACCGGAUUGAUCACAACAUCUUCAAAAACACCAAAUGCUCUCCAAAAUACCAUCAAUGAGGAACUAAAAAAAAUUUAUCAGUACUGAACAUUAAAUAAGCUCUCAAUUAAUUAAAAAAAAACUGCAUGCUAAUAU